GGCUGUUUGAUCUGGCUCCAUUUACAGAAGAUUACCGGGGACACACACACGCACACGCACACGCACACACACACCGCGCAGCUGCACGCGGAGUCCGGUGUGCUUCUCUGACAGUCUCGCGCCCUCCGCUCCGUCUGUCGGUUCUCGGAGCGGCGCGCGUCGUGAUCGCACGUUCACCUUUACCGGACAGCGGAGGCUCUGCGGACCUGAGGGAGGACUGAGCCCUGCAGCCGACAGCCUGGACGUGACCGGACCCGAGAGGCUCUGCGGUGCCGUUCAACCGGAGAGGCUCCGCGGGUCGGUGGGUGACUCGGACCUGGAUUUAACCCUUUAAUGAACCGAUGGUGAUGUCACCAUGAUGCUGCCGGUCGCCAGGUUUAAGAGUCAGCCGGUCGGCAUGGUAACCACCACACCCUGGCUGUCAGUCAGCAGUGACCCCCCACCCCAGUGGGUGUGGUUCGCCAGCUGGUCGGCAGCAGCAGCAGCGGCAUACCAGGCCACGCCCCCUCUGGUUUUUUACCCGCCGGCUGUGUGGAUCCCUGAACACUCCAAUCUCAUACAGUGGGAACGUCCAGCGGUGGAGGUGAUUCCUCUAAUCCCUCCGCUCUAUCGGUCGUCACCUCUCCAUCCUCAUCAUCCUUUCCCAAAGCUGGCUGAGGGCUGGACAUCCCCAGAGGAAGUGGGUAUUUUCAUGAGAGAGAAGCCCCUCCUUCUAAGCAAUCAGAUGCUUCGGAGGCCAGGUGGACACGCCCCCAGGUCCCGCCUGCUGCUGUCUCCGUCCCGCGUCUCAGUUCCAGUUCUGAGAGACACAGUAAAGGCCAGAGACGUGGACCCGGAGGACUCCUCCUCCUCCCCCCCAUCGCCCUCCUGCUCUUCCGUCCUCCCUCUGCACCUCCUCUCGGUGUCUCCUCUCCGCCUGCCCAUCCAGGCCGCUCCUCCUGCAGGUGGAGCUUACUGGGAGUGGGCGGGGCUUCCCACGCAGAGGCUUGAGAAGGCGUGGCCUCUGAUUCUCCCCCGUCAGCGGCGACGAGGAGUGUGGCUGCGACCAUCAGUCAGGCGGGACAAAACACUGUCCCCACCCACACAGGAAUGUUUGUUUGGACCUGUGUUUCCCUAUCUGACAAAGGACAGGUGUCCUGUUUUACCUGUCCAGGUGAUGAAAAAAGUUCCCCCCUCGUUUUUUUCCUCAAGAUUUUCUUCCAGAUUCACUCUGCUGACAGACUGCAGACACAAGAAGCAGCUGAUGGGCGGGGCUAAAGUGUCGUACGGAGGAGCGUUACUACUGAGGGCGGAGAGGACGCCCAACACACAGGAUGUGCACAGAGAAGAGGAGGAUGAAGAGGACGAAGAGGAGACGGGUGAAAAAACGGAAAACAAGCGUCCUGUUGCCUCAACACCCGUCCCUGGGUCACCAUGGUGUGUAGUUUGGACCGGAGACGACCGUGUGUUCUUCUUCAAUCCCACAAUUCACCUCUCUGUGUGGGAAAAACCGGGGGAGCUGAUUGGUCGAGACAUCAGUCGGAUCAUUGAGGACCCCCCUCACAAGAGGAAAAAGUUAACCCCUGAUGAGAGCAGCUCCAGCUGUCAGUCAUCUGGUUUCCAUGGUGAAGAAAAUGAUGAUGGAGAUAAUGACCACAAGCACAAGAGGAACAGGACAGAGGAGUCCCUGUCUUUAGUCCCUCAUCCAGGAGAAGUGAAGCUCCUCCCCCUAGAGCUGCGGAGGUCUCACUACAGACAGAUGCUGCUGGAACGAGGGGUGUCGGCCUUCUCUACCUGGGAGAAGGAGCUCCACAAGAUGGUGUUUGACCCUCGAUACCUGCUGCUGACGUCCGAGCAGAGGAAACAGGAGUUUGAGCAGUUUGUGAAGAGCAGAAUGAAAGAGGAGUACAAAGAGAAGAGGACCAAACUGCAGAAGGCUCGAGAAGAUUUCAAGCUGCUUCUGGAGGAGUCAAAGAUCACCAGCAGGUGGACUUUUAAGGAGUUUUGUGUUCGUUUCCAUGGCGACCAACGCUUCAGUGCCCUGAACAGGAGGAAGGAACAGGAAAUGCUUUUCAGCCAACACCUCACGUCAUUAAAGAGGCGGGACAAAGAGAACAGAGCCCGGCUAAGGAAGAUGAGAUGAGAGCCCCGUGGACCCUCCUGACCCCCCCACAGACCUCAGACCUGAACCUGACCCGGGACCACAUCCCGAGAGCUCCUGGACUCUGUUUUAUACGAACUGAAGUAGACCAGAACCGACCGAGUCGGAGUCACAUGUUUAAACCGCUGAACCAACUCGAUAUACCUGUUAUAUCUGUUUAACUAGUUGCACAGGUUAACCUAGUUCUGCUGUUUGAACUAGUUGUACUGAUCAAACUGUUGAUGUGUGUUUCUGUGGCUGCAGGUACUGUUACUUGGUGCAGCAGAUUCAUUCAUUCAUUCAUUCAUUCAUUCAUUCUCAGGCUCAUAAGAUGAGAGAAGAUAUAAUGAAGAACCACUCAGAAAAAUCACUCCAACAUUCACUCUGUCAUACUUUGACUUCAGAGCUUCACUUUAUCAUAUGUUCUCAGUCAUACAUUCAUUCUGUCAUGCCUUCACUGUGUCACACUGUCACUCUACACCGUGUUCUCUUUGUCGCACGUUCACUCUGUCACAUGUUCACUCUGUCAUAUGUUUACUUUGAAUGCACUUUGCACCUACCUGUACUAUAUUACCCAUGAUUCUCUGUCAUAGGCUGCUCAUAAUCGAGUGAACGGACAAUCCAAUUGGCCCUGCCCCUGAUUCACCCUCAUAUGUGUGUGUUUGACAAUGUGUCAAUAAGCCCCUCCCCCUCACCCAUCAGCAUAGUGGGCUGUGAUUGGACGGAUUUGGUGUCCUCCUGUUCUCAUUGGAUGUUUUUUGGUGUCCUGACGUCUCAUUGGCCGGUGUUCGUGUUGAAGUAUUUGUUUCAUUGGCAAUUAUUCAUGAAGUGUUUACAGAUUAAAGUGUUUAAA